AUGGCAGAUAGCGACAAUAUGAAGGGCUCUGAACCCUCGCCUGCUCAACAGCCGCCCCCCCCACGCCAUUAUCCCUUCUGGUUCGGAGGUUCUGCGUCUUGCAUGGCGACCGCAACAACGCAUCCCUUGGAUCUAUUGAAGGUCCGCCUCCAAACCCGUAAGCCAGGGGAUCCAGCUGGCAUGCUCAGGACUGCCGCUCACAUAGUCAAGAAUAAUGGAGUCCUGGGUCUAUACAACGGUCUCUCCGCCUCCCUCCUUCGCGCAAUCACAUACUCAACCACCCGGUUCGGAAUCUAUGAAGAGCUGAAAUCGUAUUUUAGCUCUGCGGAAUCUUCCCCUUCUCUACCCACCCUUGUCCUCAUGGCUUCAACUGCAGGCUUCGCUGGCGGGCUGGUAGGUAACCCGGCUGACGUUCUCAACGUCCGCAUGCAAUCCGACGCAGGCCUUCCCCCAGCCAAAAGACGAAACUACAAACACGCGUUACACGGACUGGUGCAGAUGGUCAGCUCGGAGGGCCCAUCAAGCCUAUUCCGCGGUCUGUGGCCGAAUUCAGCCCGCGCGGUCCUCAUGAACGCUUCCCAGCUAUCUACAUACGAUACCUUCAAGGACAUAUGCAUCAAACACUUUGGCAUGUCGGAUAACAUCAACACGCACUUCACCGCUUCGCUCAUGGCCGGGUUCGUGGCGACAUCUAUAUGUAGUCCCGUCGAUGUGAUAAAGACGAGGAUCAUGACGGCGAGCCCUGCGGAGUCGAGGGGCCAAGGCAUCCUUGGCCUGUUGAAGGAGGUGUUUAGGAAAGAAGGGUUUUCGUGGAUGUUCCGGGGCUGGACUCCUAGUUUUAUCCGCCUGGCACCGCAAACUAUUGCUACGUUCUUGUUUUUGGAAGAGCAUAAGAAAAUAUACCGUGCCUUGUUUCCGCGGACUGAGGACGCUAUUCUCUAA